GCGGCCGCACAGGCUUCCAGCCCCGUGGGCGAGCGCCGCAGCUCCGAGCGCCCGCCGCCCGCGAUGCAGCCCGGCCUGUGAGCCGCCGUCCAGCCCUGGGACGCCCGCGCCGCACAACUACCUCAGCACCGCCCCGCCCGCUGCACCGCGCCGGUGCCCAGGGCCAGGCAACCUGAUCUUCCGCCUCCUAGCCAGGGAGGGUGCUCGGAGCAGGAGCCAGGAAGGCCUAUGGGGAUAGAGUCUUCACACCUCAUCUGACAGUCACAACCGAGGCUUGCCCAACCGCAUGGUUUUUGCCCUGCUGUAGGGCGCCCCCGUGUGGCCGCUCCACGCCCCACGCCCCACGCCCCACGAUGUUCCAGCGCCUCACCAGCCUCUUCUUCGGCGCUCCCCCACCCCCCGAAGACGCCGAGUGCUCCCGCGCCUUCGUCUCGGAGGAGGAUGAUGUGGACGGCUGGCUUAUCAUUGACCUGCCGGACAGCUACGCGGCUCCAGGGGCCGCUCCUGCCCCCGCGGGCCGCCCUCCGCCCGCACCCUCCUUGAUGGACGAGAGCUGGUUUGUUACCCCUCCCGCCUGUUUUACUGCAGAGGGGCCUGGCCUCGGGCCCGCCCGCCUCCAGAGCAGCCCCCUGGAGGACCUCCUCAUCGAGCACCCCAGCAUGUCCGUUUACGUCACCGGCAGCACCAUAGUGCUGGAGCCUGGGCCCCCUUCCCCGCACCCGGACGCUGCCCUGCCUGACGGCGACCUUAGUGACGGGGAGCUGGCGCCCGCCCGCCGCGAGCCCCGGGCCCUGCACCACGCCGCCGCUCCUCUGCCGGCGCGGGCCGUGCUGCUGGAGAAGGCGGGCCAGGCGCGGCGGCUGCAGCGGGCCCGGCAGCGGGCCGAGCGCCAUGCGCUGAGCGCCAAGGUGGUGCAGCGGCAGAACCGCGCCCGAGAGAGCCGUCCGCGCCGGCCCAAGCACCAGGGCAGCUUCGUCUACCAACCGUGCCAGCGCCAGUUCAACUACUGAACGUCCGCCGGCCACGCCACGGACCCCUUGCCCUCUCCUGCCCCGCCUCGGGCCCCUCCGCCGCAGCCAGUGCGCUGCUCGAGGGGCGGCCACGGCCAGUCUCGGGCUGGGCACCGUGACCUCCCUCCUUCAAGCGUGUGAGGUGGGGUGCCAGCCCUUCCUUCCUGGACCCCCUUGGCUUCCCCAUCUCUGACCCUCGAAUCCGCCCCCAAGUCCGCUCAGCCUCCCGCCCCUGCCCCCACGCCCAGCACCUGACCCUCCAUGUCUGGUCUACAUCCCUGGCCCACCCCUUUUUCUCAGCCUCUUCCACUCGCGGGCCUGGCUCGUCCCCCACAGUCACCUCCCACCUUACACGGCUCACCCUUUCACACAUCUGGCAUUACCCUCACCCCUGUUCCCUUAUUAUUCAUUCCCAGUAAUUCCCUCCCAAGUGCAUAAAGGGAGGGGACCCUGAGGCCAGCUCUGAUGACCUGUGUGGUGCGGGCAGCUGGCCUUGACCUCCAGUAGGGACUCAGGCCCAGGGUUUGCCUCUAGUCUUCCCCCUUCCCUUGGCCCUGGGGGACUGGGCUCCUUGGAGCUGCUUAGGCCCAGGACGGCAAAGUAUGUGGAAGAGGACUGUGAGAAGUGCGCCAGAGGGAGAAGGUGGAGGGAGUCGAGGGAAAGAGGCAGCCUACGGAGACGCUGACAGGACAAGGACAGACAGGUUGCCAAGGUGCGGGGAGCAGGGCACUGGGGGAGCUGGCACUGUGCUUGCUCAGAGAGGUCAAGCCCUGCUCCCGGGCUAGAGCCUGGAGUCCACCCCCACUUCCCUUUCCUGUAACCCCACCUGUCAGAUCCUUUCCUGAGAUCCGCCCUCUGCAGGGCUCAGUCAGUACCCUGCCUCCCUACCCCUGCUGUGCCUCCACAGGAGUAGAAGCUGGGCAAAGGCCCUGCGAUUCUGGCCAUCUGUUGAACACGCCCAAGGUGCUAGAACUUGUGUAGGGGAGAUGCAGGCCUGAACGCUUCUGGGCGUGGGGAGCGUCAACCCCCCCCUCCCCAGGAUAAGGAUGCUGAGGACCGCUGUGGGGAGGGGAGAAGACAAGCUGUGGGUGGAGUCAUCCCAAGACUGACAGCUUGGCCUUCAUCUUGCCUCGGGCCUUGCGUUUCACACCCCUCAGUAUGGCUAUUAUACACUCCUGGAAGGAGGCUCGCAGCCCCCCCCCCCCCCAACCCCAGGCCCCAGGCUGUCCCCCUCCAGAGUCAGGACCUUCAAGGGGGCCUCUCUUCCUUUCUAGGCUGCUGGGGAGAAAUGGGUGCCCGAUAGCUCCCCCUCCCCUCUUCACCAGUAAGCACCCAGAGAAGGAACCUGCAUCUCUGGGUGAGACGGAGGGGACCGGGCACCCAGCGCCUCCUCACGAUGGCACUGAAUUUUGGGCUCAGACACCAGCAACAGCCUCUCGGGAUGCCCUGAGCUGCUUCCCACUUCCUCUCCCUCGCUGUCCUUUGCUCGUGUGUGCUCUUUAGUCUUUGACACUCUGAAGACUUCCUGUUACAUAAGAACAUAGGUCUAGCCCCGCACCCCAAUUCCAAGUUUCCAGGGAGGCUUGGAGAAAACUCUGCAUUCCCAUGAGGGCAAAGACAGCUGCCCUCCCUGACUACAGCCCCAGGCCUCAGGUGGGGGUGUGGGGAAGGGAGGGGCCUGUGGAUACUGGGAUGGGGAGAGGAAGCCCUGUUGGGUCUCCUAUUCCAGAGAAUAAGCCACACUGACAGAAAAAGCAGCUCAGAGUCCCCACAGCAGCCCCUCGGGGCUCUAGCGGUUGACUAGUAUGUGCUUCUCUCCAUAAGCUGUCCUCCAGCUAGAGCCUCACCACUUGUAUUCUUCCAGCCAUCCCUUGGCCACUUCAUAGCCAGGUUAGGAUUUCAGCACUUCCAAGAGCUCAAACUCCAGCUCUUCUUGCCUACUCUCACUGCCAGCUGGGGCCUAGGCUCAGUCCUAGAUGGUGCCCAUGAUCCUUCUGGUGGGGGAAGAGCUCAGUUCUCCAGCAUUUGGCUCAACUAGCGAAAGGUCCUUCUGGAUGGAGGCUCCUGUAGUUCUAGACCCUUCCAGCCACCCACCUGGCUGGUUGCAAGGGUCAUACUUUUUUGUACUUUCCUCUAGAUUCUGUAGCAUCUGAGUGUGGCAAUAUCUUAAUUGUGUAUAGAUUUCUAAGAACCCACACUACUUGGUCUCCUGCUAGUCUGACUCCUGGAGCAUCAGACCUUGUCAUACUGUAUUGACUGUGUAUGUGCCUUUCACCUUGAGCAUGCUUCAGGAUUUUGUUUUCUUAACCACAGAACUUGAAUACACGAGGGAACCAGAAUUCAAAGUCCUAUGCAACCUUAGACAGGAGGGGUUAGAGUCUGUGCUGACUGGUGUUUUCAGAGACCCUGGAGAAGUCUGUAUCCGUUUGUGAGUAUUAGUGUUAACAUACCAGCACUUUGCCAAAACUAAGGAUGUCGGAGACCCUUCUUUCUAGAGUGAGUCCCAGCUACAUUAAAGGGUGACUUCCAGCUGUUCUCCACUAAGUGAGUGGUUCCCUCAAGCUGUCACUUUCUAGCCUUUGCCAGUCUAGCCCCAGCAGGGCACCUCGUGUGUAUGAGUGCAGUUCGGUGCUGUUUUGGAGUAUGUCUGCUCCCCAGCCCCAUGCCUGGAACCCUCUGAUCAACUUCUUCUGACCCAUGUCGUCUUCGGUGCAACAAGGACCCCACCAGAGCUCUUGGACGCUUCCCCAGCUCCAAGUGGGCUUUACGUGAGGGGACUGAAUGCAGACACACCACAGCCCAUUUCUAAUACUCUCCCUCUUGCCCUGACACCAAGUUCCAAGUGGAACCAAGCUGAGUGCAUCCCUGUUGGGUAUUUUGUGUUGAGACUGGCUGAAAUGAGACUUUGGUUGACCACGUUGUGAUGUGUCGACAGACUCAAGGACACAACCACCUCGACCUGGUCAUGUGGCAUGCCUGUGUAUGUGUGUAACAGGAUUCUGAUUGUUAGACUGUGAUGCUGUUCCUCUACGGGAGAAAAAAAAAUUAAUAUAAAGAAAAACAAAUAAAGAUCUAUUUAAAGCACACUAUGCUUUCCGCCCGAGU